CACGACUUCAUUAUCUCGUUACCACACAUUGUUUUUAUUUCUACAGGAUGUCACCAGCGGAGCUCCGUAGUCUACCCUAGUACCAACCAUGACUUAAUUUCUCACAUAAAUCCCCCCAAAAGUCGAACAGCCAGGCUCCGUUUAACCGUUUAACCUCUGCCCGCGUUCGCAGCUCACGGGUUCGGCCUGUUUGUCCUCGCUGAGCGAAGCGCGGGUAGCCGGGCUACACUGGUUUCUCGUUGGAUUUGAGCGAUAUUCCCCAUGUCUGCCAAAGGCAGGUGUUUUCAUGGACCACGCCUGGGCUCGCAGUCGUCCCACAGAACGGAAAUAAAGAAGGCGAAGCUUGACAGAAAGUCACGGAGGAGAGUCGGAACGCUGAAGAUUAGCACAGCUCUCUUUCGCUUAGCAGGCAGAAAAACUUCAGCUGUUUCGAGAAAGACGGCGCUGGCGGACAGUGUGAAGUCCGGAGGAAGAGCUAAACGGAGAAGCGGUACCGCCCGUGGACGAAACCUCGACAAGAAGACGCAGCGGAGCGGGGACGCCGCCUCUGUCCCCGAGCCAGGGACUUCCUCCAGUGCCCAAGAUGUCUUCAGCUUUCCAUCAGGAGGUGUAAGAAAGAAAAGCGCAGACUUUGAAGUGAAGCAGAGUGUGUUGAAGACGGUUUCCAGGAUGCUGGAGGAGAACAGGGCGAUCAGGCAGCGGUGGCUCACCUUGAGUCAGAUGACUCAGAAGGCAUAAAGAGCCUCAUCUUACCAAACCUGCACUGCAGUAUGUGUACAUAUCCUUCGGUUAUCUUGGAGUUACACCCAUGUUUAUUUCUUUAAGGUAUUUGUAAUGUGAGGAAAUGCCUGCCUAAUCUAUUAUGCCC